AUGAACUCUUCCAAUAUUGACGAUAUCUGGGACGAACCCGUGGCACACCAAGAUGAAGUUGAAGCCCCUACGCGCUCCAAGCGCCCUCUCUUUCUAGUAGAAUCGGACGAUGACGACGACGACCAGGCACCACGUCGCGUAGCCCGCAAACCACCUCCACAGCAAGAUAUCGACAUCGAUGCCCUCUUUCAAGAUGUGGAUGAGGAGGAGUUUACAUCAUUACCCCCUGCUCUGGACAUCGAAGCGGUUCGCCGCAGAGCGGAAGCCCGUCACAAACAAGCAGCGCCAUCCCUAACACCACACGAGAUUCUCCCUAGCAGCUCCCCACCUCAUGACACUGGAGAUCGAAGGGAGGAGCAGGGGAAAACCAAAGGAAAAGAUAAAGAAGGAGACCAAAAGAAGGAGCGACGCAGACCGGCGCAACUCAACGAAGGCAGAUUGCUGGGUCCGAGCGGCUUUCCUCAACUCAUUAAGGAUGUGAAGAAUUUUAGAAUCGAGGGGAAGGGACAUGAAGCUACAGACCUUAAUCGCCUCCUUCAGGUUUAUCAGUUUUGGACCCACAGCUUGUACCCCAAGACACCGUUUAGGGAUACCGUGGAACGUGUCGAGAAACUAUGCCAUUCAAGGCGUAUGAACGUGUCUCUGUCUGUCUGGCGCGACGAAGCCCAUGGCAUUACAAAGGCAAGGGCGAAUACUGAAGACGACAUGGACGACGACGAUGUAACAAGGAAGGCACCACCAUCGGAAGACGAACUUCAUCCUGGACAACCCGCAUCCCCCAUCUUUUCACAAACCUCUUCUCCAAUGCCAUCCCGACCUCCAUCAUCAGCAUCCGAGUAUGAUCUGCAUGAUGAUGAUAUUGAAGCUCUCAUUCGAGAAGAGUCAGCUCUUUCCCGAGAGAAGCCCCCUGCACCGAUGGAGGAUGACGAAGAAUCGUUUUGGAGCACUGUCGACGAUUAUCAACCACCAAGACUUAGUCAGCCUGCCCCUCAAGCAACUCCCAUGGACGAGGACCACGACAUGUGGGAUCUUGUUCGGGAAAUCGAAAUGAAUACUUCUACAUCGCAAGAUGAGGCCUCGUCAAUACCGAAGGCGUCAACAACAGAAGAAGAUUGGGAUGGUAGUAUAUAUGUAUAG